AUGCCCAAGAGGACACCCGAAAAUUUGACCGCAACCAGACGUUCAACUCGACUUGAACAAAAGCGUGUCAGAAGAAAUGUGGUUGAAUUAAUGCCUUUCGAUUCUUCGGAUAGCACAGCGUUAAAUUGGUCCGGGAAAGUUCUACAAUUUGACAAUUUGAUAACACAUGCGCAGCAAUCCGACGAAACCUCGGGAGUCAAUUGGCAAAACAACGUGAAAACCAUUUCAAUUGACGUUGACGACGCGACACAUUAUUCUUUGCCGAAAAAGGGACAAAUUAUUAAGAAGAAUGAGAAUACCAUACCACGACGCUCGAUACGCAAAGUUCGCGACUGUCGAAAGCAAAUAAGCGAACCCUCGACUGCACUUAAAUUUAAAUUAAAUGCUGGCGCGUCCAUUUUCUUUGGAGUAUCACAACAACAAGGUUGGGAGACUGGAGGACGCCGUUCUGGACAAGCCGCGAUAAAUACCCAUGCGGACAUGGAAGAUGCUUAUUAUGUACCUUUCAUGGCCAAUGAGAAGGUGCAUUAUCCAUCCGAUACGCCUUAUACCCUCUUCGUAUUGGCUGACGGACAUGGAGGCUCAAAUGCGUCUAGGCACUUUUGUCGAAUGGUUCCGGAGGCAGUGCAAGAAGUUUUAUGUUCUCACCCUUUAUGGUCAUUUAGAGAACCAGAAGAUCAACGGUUAUUUCGCGAAAAGAUACGUGAAAUGUAUAAGAAACUUGACAGAGACUAUUUGGAUUCGCAAAUACGCAAAUUUUCCGAGUGGACAAACAACGGUUACCCAGAUCCAAUGCCGUCGGAUCAGGGUUCGACUCUACUUAUUGUUAUUUUGUAUGAUGGUGUAGUGAUCAUCUGCAAUCUUGGAGAUUCGAAAACCGCCAUAUGCAAAAGGGUUCCGUCGAAAACACCCGGUAAGGUCCCCCUCGAACUGGCUUACCAGUCCACAAUUCAAUCGCCGGGUCAUCCAAGCAAAGCGUACCAUGUAUACAGCAACGGAGGCAUAUUUCGUCGUGAAGAAAACGAAAAAAUCAUCAAACCUAAAAUCAAUCCACCAGCAUAUCCGGCCGAUUCAACUCCAUCAUCCCAAUUAAAAAUGUAUUCUAGCUUACAGAAAGCUCGUAUCUACCGACCUCCAGAUUUUCAAAAUCCUUUCGGUUUAUCAAAUGACUUUUCCCUUAAUCUUGGUGAUACAAUGGGUGAUUUAUUUUUCAAACUCGAUCCUCCGUUAUUUCCUUGCGAAGCAGAUGUGGAUUUUUUGAUUAUGGAAUCCGGAGUGGAUUACAUUGGCGUUAUGGCCCCCGACGGACUGUGGGAUCAUAUGAAUGUUAAAAUGCCAGAAUUUGUACGAAAACUUGCCAGAUACUUGGGAUUACUAAAAAGUUGUGAAGAUUCUAGUUAUAUAACUAGUUCAUCUUCUGAUGAAAGUAGCGAUAGUGUUGCGGAACGGAUCCCCCAAAAAUAUCACACAGCUUCUUCGAAUGCUGAUACAGCCAAAAACAUGUUGACCGGAGAGCAACUUCAUGAUCUUGCCGGAGCAUUGUGUGAUAGAACGAAAGAUAGUUUAGAUAUAUUUGAAAAGGAUCAGGGGCGUUAUGAUGAUU